AUGGACAAAAAACUAUUCUUCCAAGAAAAUAUGAUCAAGCUUCCAGAGAUAGACUUUUCUCAUGAAGAUCUAAAGCCAGGCACACUUGUAUGGAACCAAGUGAAAAGCCAAGUUCACAAAGCACUAGUAGAAUAUGGUUGUUUUAAAGCUUCCUUUGAUAAAAUUUCAAUACACCUUAAAAAAUCUAUUUUUGAAGUCUCACAAGAGCUUUUCGAUCUCCCUUUACAAACCAAACUUAAAAACAUUUCAACCAGACCUCUUCAUGGCUACAUUGGACAGUGUCCUCAAAUUCCACUCUAUGAAAGCUUGUGUUUUGAUGAUGCUAACAUCCACAAUAAAGCUGAAAAAUUCACUCAAACUCUAUGGCCCCAAGGAAAUUCUUUUUUUUGUAAAACUAUUCAGUCAUACUCAGAGCAACUAUCAAAAUUAGACCAGAUAGUAAAUAGAAUGAUUUUGGAGAGUUUGGGCAUGGAAAAGUACAUGGAUGAGCAUAUGAAUUCCACCAACUACCUUCUUCGAUUGAUGAAGUAUAAAGCACCUCAAAGUAGUGAGACUGAAAUGGGAAUGAAUGUUCACACGGACAGGAGCAAUCUUACAAUACUGUACCAAAAUCAGGUAAACGGUCUUCAAAUUUUAACCAAAGAUGGGCAAUGGAUCAAUGUUGAUCCUACACCAGACACUUUCAUUGUCAUGAUUGGAGACCCACUACAUGCAUGGACAAAUGGUCGGUUGCAUGCACCAUAUCAUAGAGUGAUUAUGAGAGGAAAAGAAGCAAGAUACUCAAUUGGUUUUUUUUCAAGACCUAAAGCUGGACACAUAAUAAAGACACCAAAAGAGCUGGUAGAUGAAGAUCAUCCUUUACUCUUUAAGCCAUUUGUUCAUGCUGAAUACCUUGAUUUCUGCUACCGUGCUUUCAACAACACUAAAGAAGGCAUGGGAUGUGAAUCUAUUCUGAAGACCUAUUAUGGUGUUUAA